UUGAUAAGAUCUCAACAUGAGGAUCUAUUGGACUCUCCAUGGGCGUUCGUGGGGCUCGUCUGCAUUCUUUUAUUUUAUGGUAAGAUCCAGCCUAAUGAUCAAACAAAGGAUACCUGCAAAACGCCAAAUGGAGAGAGAGGAGGGAGGCAACUAACUAUUGAAGGCGGCAGUUGGAAUCAGUUGAAGCUUUGAAAGGGUCAAGCGAAGCACCAUUUCACUAUGUUCGCCUUCAUUCCUUUGUCUUCACCGUUUUGUCAUUAUUCACUCUCCCUCUUUGCCUUGUUCCCCAUCGUAUUCUUCCUCCGCAUCUCUCUCUUUCUCUUUGUUUUUUUCUCUUUUCUUGCAGUCCUUUAUAGGGACUUCCACAAUGGAAUUUUCCUCAUUCAGCAUCUUCUCUAUUGUUCUCCUCCCAAGAUUCUUCUUCGAUCACUUGAAGAAUUCGAAGUUUUUCUCGAAGCACGGGGAGCCGAAAAGUGGGGAGUUUUGCUGGCUCCCAAGAUUAUCCUCUAAUCACUUGAAGAAUUCAGAGGUUUUUGAUUUAAAGCAAGCUGAAAUUGGGGAAUCUUUUUCUGGUUCUCAGCUGGGUUGGGGGUUUCAGCACUGGGAAUUUGAUGGGGUCUGAGAGAUACAAGCAGGGUUUUUAUAGUUCAUUGGAUUUUAUGAAGAAGUUGGCUGAAUUCUGAAUUGGGUCUGUGACAAGGAGUUCAAAGGUUCGAGUAAAUGACAUUUUUUUCACUGAACUCUUUCUUUAUGGUUCCUAACCCAUUGUUUUUGUGAAUUUGAUUUCAAUUUUGUUCUGUUGUAAAAUGUGUGAAGGAUCAAUAACAAGCAUAGAUAUAAUCAACUAUUAAGUCGGAUGUCUUCAUCUUCUGGAUUGUAGCAUUUUGAGGCUUCAACCUUGUAUUUGCUUUUUCUGUUUCUUGAUUCUAAUUGUCUUCAUGAUUCACGGGUGGAGACACUUUGAUAGAAAGACUAGGUAUUUGAAUAAAACGUUGAGACAUGUUUAUUCAAGUUUCAAAUAAUUGGAUGUUUAGUAGAAUUUGUUGCCCAUUAUGUGUUUGAUUGCAAAGAAAAGCUCAAAAUGGUUGGGAAAUGUGGCAUAUAUGCAGUGAAUUUAAGCUUUACAUUUCCUGGUUCUAAGUCUUUCUAACAGUUAGUUUGAAUCAGAAGAAUAGAUACUUAGCAAUGAACUGCACGACGAAAUUUGGAAUCAGGAUUUUGAGUGAUAUUUUGAAUUGUCAAAACAAGCUUGAAGUUGACAAUAUAAAAUUUCUAUGGUAGAUAUUUAGCUUGAAAUGAUUUAGUCAUAGCAAUGCUUAAAUAAGUAGUUUUUAGAGAAUUUAGUUCUUUAUCUUUGUUUCCCCAAUUGGGUCUCAUUUAACAUCUGCUUUCCUUUCCAUGGAUCCACAAUGACUGUUUUGAGCAAAAGAUUUACUGGUAGCUUUUCUGAUCUUGUUUUUGUGUUGAGGAAGGUUCUAAUCUUGGCCAAAAAUGGCAUCUUCAUUGGAAGACCUUCUUGCAGAGGAGGGGUUUCAAGGAAGGAGACUGAAGACAACACCUAGACCUUCCUUUGCAUCAAGGGCUGUAAGUAUGCCACUUUACCCUUUCCGAAUCAAUUGUAAGGCAGAUGCUGGUUCAGUUGUUAAAAUUCAGACUGCAAGGACAAGGUCCAGUGUGUCUCGAUACAAUUCAGAAGGUGAAGCACCACCUACUAAUAGAGUGAAGGGGAGGAAACAGAAGGAUAGCCUUAUUAGAAGAGAGAAAUUAGAUCGAGAACCAAAGAAGGAACUGAAUAAGAGAUUUGAAGAAAGAGAGACUAAUGAUGUGUUUGAAGAUUUUCCAGGAAAUGAGAUAGUUGAGGUAGGCGUGGAAGAGAAUGGAAGAUACAAAGAUAUAUAUUCAGAUAAGGAGUACAGCCCCAGAAAGAGGAGCCAUAAAUCUUCUCAUAGAAUUGUUGAAAAGGAGAGAAAUAAAGAGAGGUCAGAGAAGAGAAAUAGCAGUAGCACUAGUUCUAUCAAACAUUUGCCUGCACAAAAGAGUCUCAGCAAUAAUCACAAUAACAGCAUGAAAGAACCGCAUACCUUUUUGAACAGGUCUCGUAAAAGUAUGGAGAACAACAAAAUCUUUGAUGAGAAUCGGGGUCAAAAUCAUGACAGUACUGUACAGGCAGUCUCUGAACCUGCUCUUGAUGAAGUUGCUGUCCAAGCCAUGGUCUCCAUCAUAAGCGGUUUUGUCAAACGUUUUCUUAAAGACAAGGAUUUUAGGACUUUGCUUCAUCAUAAUUGCUUCUCUUCUCUUAAUAUUAUUGAUUUGGAAGAAGGUGAAAGUACUGCGAGCAAGGUCAUAACAACACUUGAACAAGCAAUUGAAACAGUAGAACUUGUUGCUGAGGAGUCUGCCAGUGGAAAAGACCUGAAAAAAGCUUCUUUGCAGCUCAGUGUAAUUGCGGGUUUGAGCUCAGAUGAUAUGAAGGAUGGUUUUACAUCUGGGGUUCCCAAUUACAAGUUGUCAGCUUGUGCUCAUCUCUACCUUGGUCUGAUAUAUAAGCUACAGAAGAAGGAUAAGGCAUCAGCAAAGCAUAUUCUACAAGUGUUCUGCGAUUCCCCCUUCCAGGCUCGGACCAUGUUGUUGCCAGAGUUAUGGGAUUAUCUGUUUCUUCCUCAGCUUUCACAUUUGAAGGUGUGGUACAAUCAGGAAGCUGAUUCUCUAGCAGAUGCACCUAGCAGACAAAGGAAACUUGAACUUCUUGAAAAAGUUUACAAUGAAAUUCUGGAUUUGGGUACCCAUCAAUUUGCAAUUUACUAUAAGGAUUGGCUCACUGAGGGGGUUGAAGCUCCUUCAGUCCCUUCCAUCCAUGUCCCUUCGGUGUCUGUUCGGGGAGUUGAUCAGGGAAGUUCACAGAGCCACUAUCAAGAGCUAGCUAAUCCACUUGGUCCUUUCUCAACUCAGCCAAUGGUCAGUAAAAAACUGUAUAAUACUGUAUUUGGCAACUCAAUCCAACCCCAAGUUGGUGAAGUGGAAGAGUACGGGGAGGCAGAGUAUAAUUGUAUGAGAAGCUCUGAUGAUUCUGCUGUUGAGGAUAAACAAGCACUGACACACUUCUCUGAAGCAGUUAAACAUACUGACCAACAUGCUAAAGAGCACCUCAUGGAGAAUCCUUAUGAUGAAGCAGCUCAUCCUGAAGAUGGACACUUACUGGAAGCUGAGGAAUCAACAAGGUUGCAUGGAGUGAGUGCUCCGGGUGAAAGAGAUCCUAGUGAUGAAGUUUGUGACUCUCAUAUAAGGCAGGUCCCUCCAGGAAGCUCCCACAUGUUCCAUGCACCUAUACAUAGAGCGAAUGAGUCAACUCUCAGGACUCUAGCAAGAUCAGUUUUUGACCUGCACAUUUCUUCACAAUCAAACAGUGAAGCAAUUUUUGACCCCAAUCAAACCAAUAUGGAGUCCUCUGCUAAAGAUUUACAUGGAAAUUGUCAAUAUUUCAAUGAAGGAUCAUUUUUCUCAAGCAUUCCCCAGGAUUUUAUUUGCCCUUUGACUGGACGGUUGUUUGAAGAUCCUGUGACCAUUGAAACUGGUCAAACUUUUGAGCGACAUGCCAUCAGGGAAUGGUUUAAUCAGGGAAACAGAAACUGUCCAGUAACAGGAAAAGCAUUGGAGGGUUUAGGUGUGCCACUUACCAACUUUAUCUUGAAGCGUGUUAUUGAUGGCUGGAAAUCUGAAAACUGCAGGCAUCUCUUGGCUUUUGCCUCUAAGGUAGAGGGGAGCUCUGGGGAACAUGGGGUUGAACCAAAGGAUGAGACAGCUAUUUACGCAUUAGAGCAGUUUCUUAGUGGUUCUAGCAAAGAAGAAAAAUUAACAAAUGCAAAACACCUUAUAUCUCUUGGAGGUCUGCAGUUUCUUACUCGAAGAUUUGAAUUAGGAAACUUGGAAGAGAAAACAUGUGUAGCUGCACUCAUGUGCAGUUGUAUUGAAGCCGAUUACAGAUGCAAAAAUGAGAUAGCAAAAUAUAUUAAAAAACCGUGUCUUCUUGAGCUACUUCACAGUAAGCAGGCUAAAUCAAGAACAAAUGCGGUGUUGCUGCUGACUGAACUUAUAUGCAUGCACAGGUGGAAAGAUGUGACAUUGUUCUUGAGCAGCUUUCAAAAUGAAGGGAUCAUGAGUGCUAUGCAUGUUUUGCUUGUGUAUCUUCAAAGUUCUUCACCCGAGCAACGGCCCUUAGUUGCUGUUCUCCUUCUACACUUAGAUCUUCUGGUAGAACCUCGGAAGUACAGCAUAUAUAGAGAGGAGGCUGUUGAUGCUAUUGUAGUGGCUCUUGAAGGCAGCUUAACUGACGAGAAUGUCCGAGAAAAGUGUUGCAGGGCACUCCUAAUCUUGACGGGGCAUUUCUCUUUCUCUGGGGAUGUGCCCACAGAGAAAUGGAUCCUAAAACCAGCUGGACCUAUGGACAGUCAUGAUUUGAGUUCUUGUAAUAAUGAGGAGAAUGGUCUAUUAGUUGAUGGAACCAUUUCAUUGGAUGCUGAAGAACAGGCCAAGGAAGAGUGGUUUAGGAACUUAUCAGCAGUUCUGCUUGGUAAUGGACAGAAGUCAUUCUUGGAGGCAAUUUCCAAGUGUUUGGGCUCUGAUAGCUCUGAACUGGUGAGGGUGUGCCUGACCACUGUGGCAUGGUUGAGCAGUGCUCUUAGUUCACUAUCAGAUGCUGAAUUCCAGCUCUCCGCCUUUUCAGCUCUCAUCUCUAGGCUGAGAGAUAAUUUGGAAAACAGUGAGCAGAUUGAACACAAAAUUCUUGCCUCUGCGUCUCUGUUAAGUUUCAGCAAAAUACCAGAGUGCAGGGUACUCUUGAUGACGAUUGCAGAAGAAAUUGUGGUUCCUUUACGAAGCCUUGUACAAGUAACAUGGACUGCAAAACAUCUUUAUACCACUAUUUCUGGGGAAGAUCUGUAAUCUAACAGGAAAUGAAUGCAGCUCUUCUUCUAAACAUGAUGUGAGUUUUCGGGCAGUAAUCACUCUUCUUGUUAGUAUUAGGAUUGAGGUAUUUGCUAUCACCAACCCCCCUUUUAAGGCAAAUAUGUCGGUGUAAAAGCUCUACUGCUUUGAACUGAUGAUGUUAACAUAAUAUAUAUACCACAAUGACAGAAGUUUUGUUGUGUUAAACCCAAUCCGUAUAUUGGUUAAUACUUCUGUAUUUGCAUUUUAAGGGUCCAGAACUUUAUUGGUGUACUUGGCUUUGUGAUCAGAAUCUUAGAAGAGGUUGAUGGAA